CGCCAUUUUGGAGGCAGUCGGAGCGCCCGCAGCUCGCCGCCUCGCCGCCCGCUGUCAGCGCAGCCCCGGCCGCGGCGCCCCGCCUCGGACGCGGCCCAUGCCCGCCGGGCCGCCGGCCCUCGCAGCCAGGCAGCGCGCCAGCGGCCUCGCCGCGGGGCGGAGGGCAGGCCCGGACCCCCAGCAGGAUAGGAAGCUUGAGAAAGAAUUCACACUGGAUGAAAAUAAUUUUCUGAAGCUGGGUAUACUCCAGGAACUGUAACCCAAAUGUUUCUCUGUCCGUGGAGAAGAUUUCACGUUUGAAAUAACUUCUACUGAAGACCUUCCUGCCAGUGGCAGCCUUCAGUGAAAUGGCUUGUUCCUUCAAUGUGAUAGAGCACGCCUAGCUUUCAAAAAGUCUUAGUUUUGCAACUCCAAGCAAGAACAGAAGAAAGCUAGCAAAUUGGAGGACUAAGCUGUGAAUUUUAUUUUGACACCAAAGAUGAUUGUCACAGGAGAGCAGAGCACGUGAUAAGUUGUAGGACUGUUUCUCCCUACUGCUUGUUUUGCGGUUUGUAGCUUGCUCCUGCCAAGACCAGGUUGUCAGACCCUCCUUUCUUGCUCUGUAGCUGUCUUUCAAUAAGACUCUACAGAGUGGUAUUCUGUGGUGUUACAGCAUUAAAGAUGCAGAGAACAGUGAAAGUGCUAUUUAUGCAUAAAGAUUGAAAAUAUACCUGGCUUAUUUUGAGUGUAAAUCAGAUCUUAAGGAAGCUGUUCAGUAAACUUGUUGCCCAGAUAGAAUUACCUGUCAACUGUGCCAAUGUGAUUGAAUUAACUGCUUGAAAAUAAGCAGCUUGGAUCUUUUAUUUUACAUCUAUAAAAAACCUGAAUCAAAAGCUAAGUGUGAACAACAGUGAUUCUUUGAUGUGAUUUGGAGACAAUUGGAAAGUGUUAAAAGGUCAGUACUGGGAAUUGCUUCACAGCUGAUCAAAGCACUUGGGAAAAUUAAAGCCUUGAGUCCCUUACAAACCAGUAUGAACAGCAUGGCUUAGCUGAUUGGGAGGCAGAAUUGCUUGAUGGCCUUCUGUCAGCUCCUUCCAUAUUACUCUGAUCUGUACUUCCGUAAAGAUGUCUAAUCCCCACAGAUUGAGGAGUCUGUAUAAAACCCAGCUGGGCUUCCGAGCCUGCAGAACAGUCCCGGCUCCUGCUGGAACUGGAACAGGGAGAUCUCUAGCAUCUGCAUUUGCUAGAGCUAGUUGUGUCCCAUCAACAUGUUCUGGAAGUUUGAUUUGAACACAACAUCACAUGUGGACAAGCUGCUGGAUAAAGAAGAUGUGACACUUCACGAGCUGAUGGAUGAAGAUGACAUCUUACAGGAGUGCAAGGCUCAGAACCGCAAGCUGCUGGACUUCCUUUGCCAGCAGCACUGCAUGGAGGAGCUGGUCAACCUCAUCACACAUGAGCCCCCUGUGGAUAUGGAUGAGAAGGUCCGCUUCAAAUAUCCAAACACAGCCUGUGAACUGCUGACCUCGGAUGUGCCGCAGAUCAAUGACAAGCUAGGAGGGGAUGAAACUCUGCUGAAUAUCCUCUAUGACUUCUUGGAUCACGAGCCUCCUUUGAACCCUUUGCUUGCCAGUUUCUUCAGUAAGACUAUUGGGAAUCUCAUUGCAAGAAAAACGGAACAGGUGAUUGCAUUUUUAAGGAAAAAAGACAAAUUUAUUAGCCUGGUGCUAAAGCAUAUAGAUACAUCAGCAAUGAUGGACCUCCUGCUUCGUCUAAUCAGCUGUGUGGAGCCUGCAACUCUACGGCAGGAAGUACUGAAUUGGCUUAAUGAAGCAAAGAUUAUUCAGAGACUUGUGGAACUGAUCCAUUCAAGCCAGGAUGAGGACAGGCAAUCAAAUGCUUCGCAGACCCUGUGUGAUAUCAUAAGAUUGAGCAGAGACCAGAGCAAUCAACUCCAGGAUAUACCUGAGCCUGAUCCACUUCUCACAGCACUGGAAUCGCAGGAAUGUGUAGAGCAACUCCUGAAGAAUAUGUUUGAUGGAGAACAGACUGAAAAUUGCAUAGUGAAUGGAACACAAGUUCUUCUAACAUUGCUGGAAACAAGGCGCUCUGGGGUGGAAGGACUGAUGGACUCAUACACUCAGGGAUUUGAAAGGUCUUACACUGUCAAUAGCAGCAUCUUACAUGGUAUUGAACCAAGGCUAAAAGAUUUCCACCAGCUGCUGCUCAGCCCUCCCAAGAAAACAGCAAUCCUAACUACAAUUGGUGUCUUGGAGGAGCCACUGGGGAAUGCUCGUCUUCAUGGAUCUCGUCUAAUAGCUGCUCUGCUUCACACAAACACUCCCAGUAUUAAUCAGGAACUAUGCAGACUCAGUACCAUGAAUUUAUUACUUGACUUAUUUUUUAAAUACACAUGGAAUAACUUUUUGCAUUUCCAAGUGGAAUUGUCCAUAGCAGCUAUUCUCUCACACUCUGUGCAAGAGGGAAAAACUAUUACUAAUGACCUAGAAAGCAAAGAAGAGGUGCUGAAUGGAAAUGUGGCUACAGAGAACUUAGAGACUCCAGAAAACAAUACCGAGAAUAUCAUGGUUACUCAUCUGUUCCAGAAAUGCUGCCUAGUACAAAGGAUAUUGGAUGCCUGGGAAGCCAAUGACAAAAUACAGGCAGAAGGUGGAAUGAGGCGAGGCAAUAUGGGCCACCUCACCCGGAUAGCCAACGCUGUAGUACAGAAUAUGGAGAAGGGCCCCAUGCAGACUCAAAUUAGUGAGUUCAUUAAAGAGCUACCUGAAGAUUGCAGGGGGAGAUGGGAGAGUUUUGUAGAAGAGACGCUGACGGAAACAAACAGGAGGAAUACAGUGGAUUUGGUGAGCACUCACCAUCUGCACUCUUCCAGUGAGGAUGAAGACAUUGAGAGUGCUUUUCCCAAUGAACUCUCUCUCCAGCAGGCCUUCUCUGAGUACCAGAUCCAGCAGAUGACAGCUAACUUUGUGGAUCAGUUUGGGUUUAACGAUGAGGAGUUUGCAGACCAGGAUGAUAAUAUCAAUGCUCCCUUUGACAGGAUCGCAGAGAUAAACUUCAAUAUAGAUGCAGAUGAUGACAGUCCCAAUGCUUCCCUCUUUGAAGCCUGCUGCAAUGAGCGGAUCCAACAAUUUGAUGAUAAUGAGGAAGAAGAAGAUAUCUGGGAAGAGAAGGAGAUAACCUAUGCAACCCAAGUUAAAUCAAGAACACGAUUUGGAGCAUCUCAGACCUCAGAGAGUUCAUCAAAAAGUGAUCUUGAGAAUGGAGAUCAUGAUGGUAGUGUGGACUCUGAAGAAGAGGAAGAAACAGAACAGCAGCCGCCUCCUUCCUCAGCAAACAACAACAAGAACAAUAUUUCUGAGCAGAAAGACUCUGACUCCUCUGAAGGGUCUGGAUGGACGGCUGUGUUUGAGCCUGUGAACUCGAAGCCCCCUGCACCCUGUGUUGCCAUGGAUGUUGGAUCGAGUGUAUGGGAUUCAGCAGCUCCAGAGAACACCACGCCAGAGGAGAAAGGAUGGGCAAAGUUUACAGACUUCCAGCCUUUCUGUUGCUCAGAAUCAGGUCCACGAUGCAGUUCUCCUGUCGAUACAGAAAGCAACGAUUCAGAUGGAAACCCGAAGCAGAGUCAGGACAAAAACUUCAGCGCUGCCUCUCCCUGUGUUUGGAACGUCUGCGUCACGAGGAAAGCACCGCUGGUGGCCUCAGACAGCAGCUCCUCUGGAGGCUCUGACAGCGACGAGGAGGAGGAUAAAGCUGAUAUCGUCACAGAAACCAUCAGCACAGGCUCAGGCCAGGAAACCAUCAAGCUGACUAUGGAUGCUAAAAAUGAGAAGGCUGUUUUCACCAGAGUAUUUAGACCUGCAGUCAGAGGUGAUGCAGACUGCAUGGUUAUUGAUAAGCUGGCCAUCACUGACAUCGGAACAACAAAAGCAUCCAAACCCCUGAACAACGUGACCCAGCACUCAGAGGAGCACCAGAACACCGCUGCUGUUGUCACAGCUGUCACGGAAACAGCCACAAAAGACAGGAAAGAAGAAGUCUUGCCCUGUGCUGAAGCCACAUUAAAUGGCCCUGCUUGAUGAAACAGAUGCAAUGGGACGUGUGUGAUCCAGGCCAGGCUGCUACCUGGUGAUGCAAUUUGUCAAUUUUUUUUUUUUUUCACUUUAAUUUUAUUUUUUAAUAAAUGCUGCAUUGAUGAGAGAGCUGGCAUUCAGGACCAGACAUGUAGUUUCAACACCAACAAUCUGUUCUGAAAGACACUUGCAUUGUCUAAAUGUAGCAUUGAUCAGUUAGUCAUCACAGGAAUGAUGGGGUUCUUCCCAAGCAAGCCUUCUGCCUAAUUUUAGUUCCUUGUCCCCUUCCCUCUCUCCCUUGUUUUUGUUUUGUAUUUGGGGUUCAGUCCUAUUUUCUUAGUGUUAUUGCACACAGUAUUCAGCUUCUCUUCAGAAAGGUAGCAGGUCUAACGCUGGGACUUGGACAGUGCACAAGAGUCCCGCAGUCGUGUGACCAAAGUUCCUGAUGGAGCUGUCUUUGGGCAGCAUUUGCACCGCUUUUGUAUAGCAAUAAAGCCUUAUCAGAAACAUUUCAUAGGAGGAAAAGAUGCAAACACUUUAAAUGGGAUGAAGCAGGGAGGGAUUUUAUUUUACAUUUUUGUGGGGUGGGAGGGAAGUCAUUGACAUUGUCCCAAGCCAGAGGCCAAGUAGCUAACUUGCUGUAAUGCUGAACUGUCUUGAGAAAUGGGAAGUCUCUUCAUUCCAGUGAAUUGCUCAGUGCUCUCUCCUCUGGAGACGUGACAGUUCACUGCAGGAUCUUGGGUCAGUUAGCAUUUGGUCUCCUCUGUCCGAGCCAUCAAAACUCAACUUCCCAGAUGUCAUCCUCCGUUGGCUGGAGAGUAUGCAAAGAAGGUAGCAUGUUGUUUGCCAGCUAAGAGGAUAAUGAUCCACUGGACUGCUGCCAUGCAGGAACAAGAGCAGAUAUGGCACAAACAGGUUAUCAGGUGUUUGCUGGCUUUUUGGAGACUAAUGUAUUUUCAAAUUAUUAUGGAAAUCCUUUUCUGUUUGUUUUGUUCUGUUUUUAAAGUUUUUAAUGGAUGCAGGAACAGCAACACUUUUGCACUUUGUACCUAGUGACAACAUUGGAGAGUGAAAUGGCCCCAGCACAGGACUCCUGCUGUUAGCCCCCAGGUAGUCGGUCAUGGAGAAGUUAGGGUGGGGGGGACACGUACCACUGCCUUGGGAUGGUAGAGUAAAACAGUACGGAGAAAUGGACUGCACUUCAAACUGCCUGGGAGCAAGGUCAGGUGAAGGUGUGUACUUGACUCUGGAACACAGGAUCUUCUGCGUAGGCUGAAGGACCUACUCCUGUAAAGACUGUACCAGUUUCAGACACAGGUCUGCACUGAGUGGUGCUGGCCUCUGCAUUGAGCUUGUUCCCAGACCGGACUUGUGCACAUAGAUCAUACGGGUGUAGAUGUUGGGCCACUUGCAGAAGCAGGCUCGGGCUGGUAACAGCAGAUUGCCACGACCAGUGCUCCAGUGCUUAUGCUCUACCCCUGUAGUCUAGAUACAGAGCUGGGCCUGCUUUUGUGUGUAAGCUGUAUGCUGAAAUCCACCUGUCAAAUGUUAAAUGCCGCUUAUUUUACUAGUCCAAGACCUAAGCUGGAAAAUCAUUCACUUUGGAAUAAAAGCAUGAAGCUUGACACAUA